AUGGUAAAUCUGAAGAAACCGCGGUAUCCCGGUGGUCGAGCCAAUGCUCAUGACAAGUCUAACACUUCCAGCUCGGAAUCUACAUCUGCAGAUGAAUCUUUGGAAGGCAGAAACGAUUACAAGGGGGAAUCAAGCGAUACGCAGGGGUUAUCUACAACAGGGGAAUAUGUUGUUGAUAGGAAUAAACCAGAGACGUUUUUAAAUAGUGAUGAUUUGGAGAAAGUGACACAGUCGGAUAUUUACGCACAAAAGCGACUGUUUUCAUUCUUACACAGAAGAAAAGUACCAGAAAUACCUGCCGAUGAUGAAAGAAAAGUUUAUCCAAUGCUUCGCACCAAUUAUAUUUCAAGGAUCUUCCUUUGGUGGGUCCUGCCGAUAGUACGAGUUGGCUAUAAGAGAACUGUUCAACCCAAUGAUCUUUUCAUAAUGGACGAAAAGAUGUCAAUCGAGAAAUUAUUUGCAGCUUUUGAUGGAAACAUGAGAUACUAUUUUGAUAAAAGCCGAAAGGAGUACCUUAAAAAUCAUCCCGAUGCUACGGAAGAGGAGGUUUUGGACAAUGCUAGAUUGCCGAAAUUGACUACUCUAAGAGCUCUAUACUUCACAUUUCAACGCCAAUACCUUUGGGCAGUGACCUGUGCAAUUCUAGCCAAUUGUGCAUCUGGGUUCAAUCCUAUGGUCACAAAGCGACUAAUCGAAUUUGUUGGCGAAAAGGCUGUUUUGCCUCAUUUACCGGUAAACAAGGGAGUUGGUUACGCAAUUGGAGCGUGUGUUGUGCUGCUAAUUAACGGUCUUUUGUUCAAUCAUUUUUUCCUGGCUUCUCAGACAAUCGGUGUGCAAGCUAAAGCUGUCCUUACGAAAGCCGCGCUUAACAAAAUGUUUUAUGCAUCUGGUUAUGCUAGACAUCAGUACCCUAAUGGUAAAGUCACAUCUUUUGUGACCACUGACCUUUCGAGAAUCGAAUUUGCACUUUCAUUUCAACCUUUCCUAGCUGGUUUCCCUGCCAUCUUAGCGAUUUGCAUUGUGCUACUUAUAGUCAAUGUUGGCCCGAUUGCUCUGGUCGGUAUUGGUAUUUUUUUCGCUGUAUUCUUCAUUGCCAUGUUUGCUUUCAAAUACAUUAUUACAUUAAGAAUCAAAGCCAAUAUCCUUACGGAUGCGAGAGUGACCAUGAUGAGAGAAUUGCUCAAUAACAUGAAGAUGGUCAAAUUUUAUGCCUGGGAAGAUGCUUACGAAAAAAAUGUUCGCGAUAUCAGAACCAAAGAAAUUGGUAAGGUGAGAAAUAUGCAAUUCACUAGAAAUUUUAUGAUUGCUCUGGCUAUGUCAUUGCCCAAUAUUGCGUCUUUGGUUACGUUCCUUUCGCUGUACAAAGUUAAUAAUGGUGCGAGGUCACCAGGGAAUAUCUUUGCAUCACUUUCCUUGUUCCAAGUGUUAAGUUUGCAAAUGUUCUUCUUGCCUAUAUCGAUUGCCACUGGUAUAGAUAUGAUUCUCGGAUUGGGGCGUUUGCAAAAUUUACUAGAAGCUCCUGAAGAGAAGGGCAAUGAGCUUGAGGAAAGACUUCCCACUCCAAGCUUGCCUUCCAACAUCGCAUUGAGGAUGAGAAAUGCUUCUUUUGAAUGGGAGGACUAUGAGUCGAAGGAUUUUGAAGAAACAAAGAAAGAGGAAGAAGCCCAGGCUGAGAAAAAACUGAACAAGAAGCAGAAGCAGAAGCAGAAGCAGAAGAAGAUUACACCCCAGCCGGCCGAAAAAGGUGGAGAAAAUGAUAAAGCCGAGAAGAAGUCAUUCCAUGGAUUUAAAAACUUGAACAUUGACAUCAAGAAGGGUGAUUUCGUUAUGAUUACUGGGCCUAUCGGAACAGGUAAAUCGUCGCUACUUAGUGCAAUGGCUGGUUUCAUGCGGAAGACGUCAGGUACAGUAGAAGUCGAUGGAGAUUUACUAAUGUGCGGAUAUCCUUGGAUUCAAAAUGCGACUGUGCGUGAUAAUAUUAUCUUUGGAUCCCCUUAUGAUAAGGAGCGUUUCGACGAGGUCGUGCGUGUAUGCUCUUUGAAAGCAGAUAUCGAUAUACUUCCUGGCGGGGAGUUGACCGAAAUUGGUGAACGUGGUAUUACACUCUCCGGUGGUCAGAAAGCACGUAUCAAUCUAGCCAGAAGUGUUUACAAAGAUAAGGAUAUCUUCUUGUUUGAUGAUGUCUUGAGCGCUGUCGAUUCACGAGUUGGGAAACAUAUUAUGGAUGAGUGUUUACUUGGCAGAUUGAAGGGCAAAACAAGGAUACUUGCCACACAUCAACUCUCUUUGAUUGAAAAGGCUUCCGUAGUCAUAGUGCUUGGGGUCGAUGGUUCAUUUGAAGCUGGUAAACUUGAAGAUUUGAAACGUUCAAAUAAAACCUUGAUUAAUCUACUUCAUUUUUCAUCGCAGAAAUCAUCCUCUAAAGAAGCUGACACCUCCGAAAAGGAUUUAGCCCUGAAAACUAGCAUAGAGGAAGUUAAGACUCAUGAUAGUGAGUCAAAAGAGUGGGAAGAAUUGCAGAAACAACUCAGCAAAAAAUCACGGGAUGAAUUAGUUGAUGGGCGGCUGACAACCAAAGAAGAGAGAGCGGUCAACAGUCUGAAGUUGGAUGUUUACAAGAAAUACAUUGCAGCUGCUGUAGGUAAAUGGGGGAUUGUCGUGAUCCCGCUUUACCUGAUUCUAGUCAUAGGUACCACAUUUCUUUCAUUAUUUUCAUCUGUCUGGCUGUCUUUCUGGACAGAGCAGAAGUUCCCCAAUAGAUCGACAAGUUUCUACAUGGGUCUAUAUUCCUUCUUUGUCUUUGGUGGGUACCUUUUCAUGAAUGGGCAAUAUACCCUUAUCUGUUACAUGGGUGUCACAGCUUCAAAGGUAUUAAAUUUGAAAGCUGUCGAAAGAGUUUUGCACACCCCGAUGGCGUACAUGGAUACAACACCUAUUGGCAGAAUUCUCAACAGAUUUACCAAGGAUACCGACAGUUUGGAUAACGAGUUAACAGAGAGUUUGCGUCUCUUCAUGACACAAUUUGCUAACAUUAUUGGUGUUUGUGUGAUGUGUAUCAUUUACUUGCCUUGGUUUGCCAUUGCAAUUCCAUUCCUAGUUCUGAUAUUCGUAUUAAUAGCUGAUCACUACCAGGCUUCUGGGAGAGAGGUCAAGAGACUUGACGCAAUCCAACGUUCCUUUGUUUACAACAAUCUUAAUGAAGUCCUGGGUGGUAUGGAUACGAUCAAAGCAUAUGGGAGUCAGGAAAGAUUCUUGGUUAAGACAGAUUUCCUAAUCAACAAAAUGAACGAAGCAGGUUAUUUGCUGGUCGCACUGCAAAGAUGGGUUGCUAUCUUUCUUGAUAUGAUUGCAGUAGCAUUUGCCCUAAUUAUCUCUCUGUUGUGUGUUACAAGGCAAUUUCAUAUUUCACCUGCCUCAGUAGGUGUUCUACUGACGUAUGUCCUACAAUUACCAGGUCUUCUCAAUACCAUUUUAAGGGCGCUCACUCAAACGGAGAAUGACAUGAACAGUGCUGAAAGACUGGUAUAUUGUGCCAAUGAGCUACCAUUGGAAGCUGAUUAUAAAAGGCCUGAACUUGCGCCACCUGAGUCUUGGCCUUCAAAAGGUGAAAUCGUUUUUGAGGAUGUUAGUUUUGCAUACAGACCAGGCUUACCGGUCGUUUUGAAAGGGAUAAGCUUAGACAUCAAAAGCCAGGAAAAAAUCGGUAUCUGCGGUCGUACAGGUGCUGGUAAAUCGACUAUCAUGAGCGCACUCUAUAGACUUAAUGAGCUAUCAGACGGGAAGAUUUUCAUAGACAGUGUGGAUAUUGGUCAGAUUGGUCUUUACGAUCUACGAAAAAAACUCUCAAUUAUUCCUCAGGAUCCCGUCCUUUUCAGGGGAACAAUUAGGAAAAACUUGGAUCCUUUCCAAGAACAUCCAGAUGAACUACUUUGGAAGUCAUUGGUAAGCGGAGGAGCCAUUUCUGCGGAGGAAGUUGAAGUUGUUAAAGGACAAAAACCAGAUAGCAUUGGAUCUUUAUCCAGUAUGCACAAAUUCCAUCUGGAUCAAAAAGUUGAAGAAGAAGGUGCAAAUUUCUCUUUAGGUGAAAGACAAUUACUUGCAUUGACUAGAGCGCUCGUUCGUCAGUCCAAAAUUUUGAUUUUAGAUGAGGCAACAUCAUCUGUGGAUUAUGAGACUGACAACAAGAUCCAGUCCCGUAUUGCCGCAGCAUUCGGUGACUGUACCAUUCUUUGUAUCGCUCACAGACUGAAGACUAUUUUAACAUAUGAUCGUAUAUUGGUUCUCGAACAAGGUGAGAUCGAAGAAUUUGACACUCCACGCAGCCUAUACGAAAAGAAAGACGGCAUUUUUAGACAAAUGUGCAUUAAGUCUGGAAUUAAUGAGUCAGACUUCGAGUAA